AUGAAACAAUUGAUUGGUCCCUGUGCACUCGCUGUGGGGUUCUCUUCUCUCUGUUUUGUGGGGAUAACAAGUGUACCAAGUGUCCUGUGUGCCACCUUUGCCCUUUAUGUGUCUGGUGUUGUGCCGGAGAAUAAUUACUUCCCGGAUGUGUGGUUUAGAAGUAACAUCUUCUCUGGCGUUUAUCAACUUUACUGCUCUCAUUUGUUUGGGUAUAAAUACCUGCGACCAAAACUACACGCCCGUCAACCGUUUCCACAUUCCGACUAUAGACAUGGUGUACGUUGUUUGAGUGGGAUACACAAGUCCACAUCGCCAUUCCCUUCAGAGUUCGCGACAAAUUCUGAGUUUUAUCAACGUGGAGGUGGUCUUGUGGAUCUCCGUAGUUUAGGAGAAGAGGGAUAUGAUGGAGUUACGAUUGUUCCUGUUCCUAUUUUUACUGAUAACUAUGCCUAUUUUAUUUUAAGUUUUUCAACUAAACGAUGUGCUGUAGUUGAUCCAGCAGAUCCUGUUCUCGUAUUAUAUAUGUUAAAAGUUAUUCGGCAUUUAACAAAGUUAGACUUUAUCUUGACUGAUAUUUUGACAACCCAUAAACACUGGGAUCAUGCAGGUGGUAAUCAAGAGUUACUCCAACAAGCACAAAAUAGAGAAUCUGAUGAUAGUGAAUUAAUGGAUGCUGCAUUGAAAGUUUAUGGAUCUGAUAUUGAUAAACCACAUGCCUGUACGGAUUAUAUUAAAGGAGGUGAUGUGUUGAGUGUAGCGGGUGGAGGUGUAGCGGUCUCUGUAGUGGCCUCACCUGGUCAUACCGCUGGAUCUGUUUUAUUUCUGGUUGGAGAUGCCUUAAAAGAAAAGGAUGCCUCGCAGCGAUUGGCACUUUUCACAGGAGAUUGUAUUUUCUGUGGAGGUUGUGGUGCUAUGUUUGAAGUACGUUCACUGGAUGAAGUUAUUCAAAGCUCAGAAUUAUUUCUUGGUCAGAAAUUGCAAAUACAUCCAUCCAAUAAACAAUUGGUUUCAUCAAAUAAUGUCCUUGUAUACGUUGGACACGAAUAUACAGAACGAUUACUACGAGAAUUGAUAAACCUUCAGAAAGGAGAAGAAGAUAAAGGUACAGAUGGAGUAGAAACAGGAAAUCAAAAAUAUCGUAAAGAAUUGCGUAUUGCUAUGGGAUUAACACGACAAUUACGUUCUACAUUUAUGCAAGAUGAUAUCAUGAAUGCCGUUCCUUUAGAAAGUGGUGUAGAGUCUUUAUGGAGUCUUCCGGCGUGUACGGUGCCAUCCACAUUGGCGAUUGAAAGGAAAACCAACCCGCUUCUCACGCUUAAACGUUCGGCCUUUGAACAAGCGAAUACAGAUCGCUUCUCAACAAAUAAACUUCAAGGUAUCAUUUAUACCUCAAAUGAGAGAGAUAUUGUGGAGUAA